AUGCGCACAGUCUAUGUCCCCUGGGCUCUUAUAGGGCUCCCCAUCUUUCUCCUCAGCAGCAUCGUCAAUGGCGGGACUGUCCCUCUGGCAACCAAAAAGGUGGCCACCGCUUGGUUUGCAGGAUGGCACGCCGACCAAGGUUACCCCGUUAGCAAGAUCAAUUGGUCUCAAUACACUGAGAUGGCGUAUUCAUUUGCCAUCGUCACAAAGGACGGCGGGCUUAGUUUGGAAGGCUCUAAUCCUGGUGUAUUGCCAGAUUUCGUUAAGCAAGCCAGGAAUAACAACGUUCGACCCUUGAUCGCCAUUGGCGGAUGGACCGGCUCAAGAUAUUUCUCAACCGCCGUCGCCAACGCUCAGAGCCGGAAAGCGUUUGUCAAAGCCGUGGUGAAUUUUGUCAAGAAGUAUAACCUUGACGGUGUCGACUUUGAUUGGGAAUACCCUGGUCGACAGGGCAUUGGUUGCAAUACCAUAUCACCCUCUGACACCCCCAAUUUCCUAGCCUUCCUCCAAGAACUUCGCCGUGACCCUUUGGCAAAAAAUAUGCUCCUCAGCGCUGCAGUCUCGAUCACGCCUUUUGCGUCUGCAGACGGUACACCCUCUACUGAUGUGUCUGCAUUUAGCAAAGUCCUGGACUACAUUGCCAUCAUGAACUACGAUAUAUGGGGCUCGUGGUCGCCCGCCGUUGGCCCAAACGCACCUCUGUUCGACUCCUGUGCCGCCCAAGGAAAUAGAGCCGGAUCAGCAACCUCCGCUAUUGUAGCUUGGUCAACCGCUGGUAUGCCUUUGGAUCAGAUUGUCCUCGGCGUUCCUGCGUACGGACAUUCCUUCCGCGUUCGGCGUGCCCAAGCCUUUGAACUAGGCAGCACUACGAAAUUAGCCGCGUACCCGCCCUUUGACAAAUCCCAGCCACCUACGGGGGAUAAGUGGGACGACCCAGCUGGCGUGGACGAGUGUGGUAAUACUAGCGGGCCCGGAGGCAACUUCAAUUUCUGGGGUAUUGUCCAGGCCAAGCUCCUCAAUGCCGAUGGGACGCCAAAGCCUGGUGUGCCAUACCGUUUCGAUUCGUGUAGUCAAACCUCAUAUGUGUACGACACUGCCAACGAGGUUAUGAUUUCGUUUGACGAUAAACGGUCGUUCCAAAUGAAGGGCAUGUUUAUCAAGGUGAAGCAACUUCGGGGGUUUGCGAUGUGGGAAGCGGGCGGUGAUUCGAAUGAUGUUCUCGUCAGGACGCUCCGCGAUGCUGCUGGCUUCCGAUGA